AUGACAGUGGGAAAAACUUCACCAGAGACUCAAAAGGGAAUAGUCGUGCCGAUUCCAAGUAAAGAACUUCCAACCGCGAAACCAGGAUGUGUGCGCUACCUUGUCCUCAUCUCCACAAUGCUCUGCCUCACCUCCCUCAUGUCGAAUGUCGUCUGUUUCAACUUCACCGUUCUCUGUAUGCCAGGAACUGGAGAAAGUCAAGAACUCUCUGGAAACCACACUCAUUUUAUUGGAUACACACGUCAAGAGAAAACAAUUCUGUUGAGUACUGUAGCUAUUGGAGCCGUUUGUGGAGUACUUCCUGUUAUCAUUGGAAUCACUAAGAUUGGGCUGAAAAAUGUGUUCUUCGCUUCUGGAAUGUUGGCUACUGUAUCGACGUUCUUAAUUCCCAUCCUGGCUCCUCUUCACUUUUAUAUGUUUGUCAUUUUGAGAUUCUUACAGGGUCUUUCCUAUGCAACUUGCUUCCCGGCAGUCGGAGCAAUCACCUCUUCUUGGGCAUCAUUGGCUCAGCAAGGACUUUUUAUCGCGGCUCUAACUACAUUCGGACAGACUUCCUCGAUUUUCUCUAUGCCUGUUGCUGGAGAACUUUGCUCGUCGGCAUUUGGAUGGAAAGCUGUUUUCUAUCUUCAUGCUUUGAUUUCUUUCGCAGUUUUCAUAAUUUGGUUCGCAAUUUUCACUGAUUCACCAGAAGACAACAAAUUUGUUCGACCAGCUGAACUAGCAGAAAUUGAAUUUAACAAAUCCGAAGAAGCAAUUCAUGAUCACACCCAUAAGACCCCAUACCUCGAAAUCGCGACCACCCCAUCAGUAUGGGGAAUCUGGAUUGGUGCAUUUGGAGAUCUGAUCGCAGUUCAACUCAUCCACAUCUACUCUCCAGUUUUCCUUCAUGAUGUGGGGGGUUAUUCAUUUGAGAAGACCGGCUUCGCAGCUGCAGUCCCAGUACUCUUCCAAUUCUUGGUCAAGAUGUUCGCCGGACAUUCCAGUGAUAAGAUUCACGGAAUCUCUGAAACAACAAAGAUCCGAAUUUACAACACGAUUGCUCUUGGUGCCAGUGCAGUAUUCCUGGUUGCUUUAGGAUUUGUAAAACAAGGACAAGGAGUGCUGGGGUUGGUUUUAAUGACUCUCGCGACCGGAAUGUUCGGUUUCAACGGAGGAGGUUUUAGUAAAUGUUCUGCUCUAGUCUCUCGUCAGUACAACCACUUCGUCAUGGCGAUUCAUCAAAUUCUCAUAUGUUUCUCUAUGAUCGUCUGCCCUCUUAUUGUCUCUUCGAUUCUUAAACAAGGAACUGUCGCCGAGUGGAGAAUCGUCUUCUUCGUUCACGCCGCCAUUCUUCUCAUCUGCAAUGCUAUCUUCUGUUGGUUGGCAACUGCGAAACCUGCUCCAUGGACAGAUAGAACCAUCAAACAUUCGGCCACAAAAAAUACUCCUCUUUAUCAGACUAAAGUUUAA